AUGAACACUUUGCCAUAUCGUGACGAUAUUGGCGCCUCCACUGUCUUGGUCUCCUCACAUUCACCUGCUCAUCCGCGCAUCCUAUGCCCGCCCAUGCGCAGCCAGCUCCUCACAUUCACCUGCUCAUCCGCGCAUUCCAGGCCUGUCCAUGCGCAAACACCUCCUCACUCUCACCUACUCAUCCGCGCAUCCCAUGCCUGUCCAUGCGCAGACAGCUCCUCACAUUCACCUACUCAUCCGCGCAUCCCAUGCCCGCCCAUGCGCAGCCAGCUCCUCACAUUCACCUACUCAUCCGCGCAUUCCAUGCCUGCCCAUGCGCAGCCAGCUCCUCACAUUCACCUGCUCAUCCGCGCAUUCCAGGCCUGUCCAUGCGCAAACACCUCCUCACUCUCACCUACUCAUCCGCGCAUCCCAUGCCCACCCAUGCGCAGACAGCUCCUCACAUUCACCUACUCAUCCGCGCAUCCCAUGCCCGCCCAUGCGCAGACAGCUCCUCACUCUCGCCUACUCAUCCGCGCAUCCCAUGCCUGUCCAUGCGCAGACAGCUCUUCACUCUCACCUGAUCAUCCGCGCAUCCCAUGCCCGCCCAUGCGCAGCAAGCUCCUCACACUCACCUACUCAUCCGCGCAUCCCAUGCCCGCCCAUGCGCAGACAGCUCCUCACAUUCACCUACUCAUCCGCGCAUUCCAUGCCCGCCCAUGCGCAGCAAGCUCCUCACACUCACCUACUCAUCCGCGCAUCCCAUGCCCGCCCAUGCGCAGACAGCUCCUCACAUUCACCUACUCAUCCGCGCAUCCCAUGCCCGCCCAUGCGCAGACAGCUCCUCACAUUCACCUACUCAUCCGCGCAUCCCAUGCCCGCCCAUGCGCAGACAGCUCCUCACACGCACCUACUCAUCCGCGCAUUCCAUGCCUGUCCAUGCGCAGACAGCUCCUCACUCUCACCUGA